ACAUAAGUACCGCUGUAAGAACUACUUGAGUAUCUCGCUUCACCUACUGUGUUCUUACCAUGAAAAUAGCCAUUGCUGAAGGCGUGGCAUGAAAAGAACAAUAAAUAAAUAAAUGUUCCUGUUCUCAUCUGAGAAUCGUGGAGAGUGUGCAAGAUCCUGCUCAUGGAUGAGGAUGAGGAUGAUGUGUUUGGGCCUGUCUCACAGUGCUGGCCUUCCUCCAACAGGGAAGACCACAGCACACAGACCCCAGGGCACUCCGCGACACGGCUGAAUGGCAUGCUGCCCUGCGGUGUAGCCGAGGAGCCCAGUCGCCUCUUCUAUGGUAGUGCAGGAUUGCUAUUGCUGACACCGCCUGCUCGUUCUGACAGUGUCCAAGACGCCAUGUUUCCUGAAAAUCAGCCUCUCCGACGGCCUGCGCACAGCGUAGAGGCUCAGAUCGGCCAGAAACUCCAGAUAAUUGGAGACCAGUUCUAUCAAGAGCACAUGCUGAUCAACUUGGACUCGAUUCCAUGGAGAGACUCCAGUGAGAUUAAGCCAUGCAUCAAUUACAGCUUAGCUGUGAGAUUUAACUAUGCCACAGUUUCAGGUGACAGCAGUAUCAUGUAUACAAUGUUAAGACCAUGAUCAAAUGUUUUCAGUGUUAAUGAAUAUAAUUUACGCUUAAUCAGAGGAAACAAAAAAGAGGGUCCUUGUUGGGAAUGAAUGUUGUGUUUAAAGCAUGGGAUCAUUUUAUCCAGAGGUGUUUUUAGUAAUAUGUAUAGGUGAAAAUAUUUUUUUAUUGUUGUCAAGCCCUGAAAUGAAAUCUUGUGCUUCUAGUUAAGACGUGUCCACUUUUGAUAACCGCUCUUGUGUCUGUAUCAUGUACCAUGUUUUUGUGUCAGACAGACGGUCAGACGGAGUGCUUUUGUUGUGGAAACAUCAGAAAGGUUCCGCUGUCUGGUUGUCAGUCACACGCUUUGCCUGCUGCCCCCAUCUCACCUUGCGUGCAUGAAAGGGCCCAAAUAUUGUAGUGGGUGUGUGUGUGUGGGUGUG